CGCAGGAGGAGUCAGUGCCAAAGGGUCAUUUUAGCGCACCACUGCUGAAAUGGAAGGACUGUAGGGAAUCCUAAAGUAAACAGCUGCCAUUUGACCCCCCAGAUGAUAUAAUUAUAUCAUUAAAAAAAUAAGAAAAGGGGGAAAAAAGGAGCUAAAGAGGAGACAAACAUCCAUCACCGGUUGGAGUGCUCCGUACUUCAUCUGUCACCGCGGUCGCUGCAGAGGUGGGCAGUCCAGGAUUUUUUUUUUUUAUCUGCAAAAGCUCUUUGCAAAAAUAAUAAUAUUACUUACCUGAGCACAUAUCAGCUCCUCGGUCGCUUGUAGACAAACUGCUUCCUGAAAAAAAAUCAAAAAACUACACUUUGGCUUCCUUAACCCAGGUGUUGCUUCCUCCGAAGACGCUGCAGGACAUUGUGGACAAACUGGUCUUCCAUCCUUAUUGCGCGCCCGUCCGACUGUUCACCUUUCCAAACGCGCACCAAAAAGUUGCAGCUGUACAGACUGUGAAUAGAAGAGGGAUUAGAAAAAAAGGAGGGGAGGAAAAGUUGGUCACCUGCGAUCCAGAGAGGACCGACACCACGGUCCAAGCCGACUCCAAGUGCCGUUCACCGGGCGAUGCCAGAGUAAAUGCCGGGGCAAUGUCCCGCCGCAAGCAGGUGAACCCGCAGCACUUAUCGUUGACGCACAGGGAGACAGUACAAGCAGACGCCAACCAUGACUCAGGGGCGGGGUCUCCGUCUCCGGAGCCAUCCACCCCCAGCCCUCGGAGGGCGGGACCCGGGGAGCAUGACCUGCUGACCUGCGGCCAGUGCCAGACCAACUUCCCUCUGGGUGAUAUCCUGGUUUUCAUCGAGCACAAGCGCCGCAUGUGCCGCGGGCCCGGCGGCGGUCCCGGCUCCUUUUCCAAGCCCGGGGAGGCCGGCGGGGUCAUGGGCAUCCCCAUCUCUCCCAGGGCCAGGUUGAUGGAGCUGGGGAGAGGGGCCAUUCCGGUGGAAGUGGGCAUCCAGGUGACCCCUGGAGGAGAAGAGGAUGAGGAGAGGAGGCGGACGCCGGCCAAGGGGAUCUGCCCCAAACAGGAGAGAGGAGAUAAAGAUGAGCCAUCCAGCUACAUCUGUACUACCUGUAAGCAGACCUUCAACAGUGCCUGGUUCCUGCUUCAGCACGCCCAGCACACUCAUGGCAUCCGCAUCUACCUGGACAACCACCCCGUCAACUGCUCCCUCACUCCCCGCAUGGCUCUGCCUCCCCCUCCAGGAGCCGACGCCCUGCCUCGCUCCCCUCUCCCCACUUUCCUCGGCGACACCAACAACCCAUUCCACCUCCUCCGCAUGGCCGCGCCCCUGCUCAGGGAACACCCCCCUCCUCCGGGGUACAUAGAGACCCGGCUGCCUGCGACGCCGCCCUUCGUCAGCCCUCCGCCUCCCCCGAGACCACCUCUAGAGCGGCUGGGCCCAGAGGAAAUGGGGCUGCUGUCACAGCACCCCAGUGCCUUUGAGAGGGUGAUGCGAAUGACCCCCAUGGAGCCGCCUUCCAUGGACUUCUCCCGGCGACUGAGGGAGCUGGCGGGCAACACAACUAAUAACGGCGGGCCCACGCCUCCUCUCUCACCCAACCGUGUGCCACCCAUGCACCGUCUGCUGAGUCCCACGCUUUUCCAGCCUGGUGCCAAGCCCCCGGCAUUUCUCACCUACGCUCCGCAGCCGCCCACCCCUCAGGGGGGACACGGGUCUUCCAGCCCUCCUGACUCACAGGGUCAGAGCCAGACCCCAGGGAAAUCCAAAUCCUGUGAGUUCUGUGGCAAGAUUUUUAAGUUCCAGAGCAACCUGAUCGUGCACAGACGCAGCCACACAGGAGAGAGGCCGUACAAGUGUCAUCUAUGUGAUCAUGCCUGUUCCCAGGCCAGCAAGCUCAAAAGGCACAUGAAGACACAUAUGCACAACAAGUCUGGGGCCAUGAGCAGCUCCCCAGAGCAGGGAAGCAGAGGAGAGGGAGGAGAUGGUGAAGAAAAGACAAGGGAGGAAGAUGCAAGGGAAAUGGGAAUGGACAAUGAGGAGGAGGAGGAUGAAGAGGAGGAGGAAGAGGAGGAGGAGGAGGAAGAGGAGGAAGAACUGAGGAAUGGAAGUCGGCCAGAUUCCAACUUGAGUGAGGACUCCCAGGAGUUCGGCCCGAACAGGGAAAAUGGCCCAAGACACUCUCCUGAGGAGAAAUCCCUGGGCGGGGAUAGAGUAAAUGACAGUGGCGGGGUGGGCAUCAUGCACCCGUACAACCACCUGGACAAUCACCUUAGACUUAACCCUAACAAGAGAAGCUUGGAGAGGCAACCUAACGGAGACGGUGGAGAGAGGGGUGAAGUAGAGAGACAGAGAGAGAACGAGAGGGACCAGGACAGAGAGCGAGACGAGCAGGAGGACCCGAGGCCUGUGAUGAACGGAAGGAUCAGCGUAUCUGAAGCAGAGUCCUUCCCUGGGCUGUUCCAGCGUCGGCCCACCCCCAUCACCAGCCCGAGCCACUCCAACAACAAGAGGAUCAAGAUAGAGAAGGAGCAGCUGGAGAUUCCUCCAACCAUACCCCUCAUCUCCCCAGAAAACGUCUACUCUCAGCUCCUGGCCGGCUACGCCGCUUCACGCCACUUCAUCAGAGAACCUUUCUUGGGAUUCACUGAUUCCCGCCAGUCGCCGUUCGCCACCUCUUCCGAGCACUCGUCUUCGGAGACGGGGAGCCUCCGCUUCUCCACCCCGCCUGGGGAGCUGAUGGAGGGCGGGAGUGCCUCAGGGCGCAGCGGCAGCAGCACCCCUCACCUCCUGCGGGGACCUGGACCCGGCAGGCCUCCGAGCUCCAAAGAGAGGAGGAACGACACCUGCGAGUACUGCGGCAAGGUGUUCAAGAACUGCAGCAACCUGACGGUGCACCGACGCAGCCACACGGGGGAGCGACCCUACAAGUGCGACCUGUGCAGCUACGCCUGCGCCCAGAGCUCCAAGCUGACGCGCCACAUGAAGACCCACGGGCAGUUUGGGAAGGAGGUGUACCGCUGCGACAUCUGCCACAUGCCCUUCAGUGUCUACAGCACGCUGGAGAAACACAUGAAGAAAUGGCAUGGCGAACAUUUGAUGGCCAGCGAGGUCAAACUGGAGCAAGCGGACAGAGGUUAAGCCAGCAACCAGACAGCAUACAGUGUACACAAAACACACAAACACAUACACACACACCUACACACACACACAUACAAGUACACACAAAAAUCCCUAUAACCACUUCUUCAGCAAUGGGGCUUGGCUGGAUAAUCUCACUUAAAAAAAAUUUGAGAUUGAUUGAUGUUCAUCUUUUUUUCUUGUCACAGAAACUGCCACCUGAGAAUAUAAACAAAGGGAAACUUUAAUGAGAACUUGUCUGGAACGCCCAACUUGACGUUUCUUGGCAAACUGUCUGAGGAUUUUAUCAGUUAGGAAUCCAUGGAGCCUUUCUACUGUGCAAUAAUUUCUGUAUUUAUUGGAUUUUUGUAAUGAUAUUUGGCAUGUGCAGGUACAUCUUUGUGGGAUUUCAUAUGGAGUUAGUUUUGAAAUGUGCUAAAAAAAAAAAAACGUUUUUUUUUUUUUUCUAAAAUGCGAUGAAAACUGAAAAGACGUCACCCUUAAUACAAAUUUUCUUUGUUUUCCUUUAAGGAACCUUAUUAUCACGUGAGAGUAAAUUUGUGUGAAGCAGUUAGCUUUUAAAAGUAAAAAAAAAUAAUAAUUGUUUUCUAUAUUAACUGCAGCAGCGGACUACAAUCCAUUCCCUCAUACAGGCCUAAAAGCACUGAAUGUCAGCCUGACAAUAAAACAUCAUUGCUGGAUUUUAAAAAUCCAACAUUAUCUUAGAGACCUGGUAAGUUACGAUUAAUUUAUUCAGGGAGUUUUGUCCUUUUUGAACAUUGGCAUGUGAAUAAUUUCAAAAUGCAGUUACUGUAUUGCUGUCCUUGCUUCGGCGGGGACGUAAAUAGAGGUUGCACUUAAAUGGAGAAACCCUUAACUGAUGCUCAGUACAUUCCCAAUGUAGGAUUAAACCACCAUAUUUAAUAUGUUGAAUAAGUUAAGACUACUUGUGAUUAAUGUGAGAAGGAGAAACAGUCCUGUUUAUGGUUUGUAAAUAUAUUCUUUUCUUUUAUAUGUUAAAGUAGCCCUGACUGACCAUGAAAGAUGGCCUAAAACUAAACAAUCAGAAGACCAGCUGCUUGCAUCAUCCACAGUAUAUGCUAAAUGUAACUACCAUGCAUUAUUGCUUUAUCAGACCCAUCCCAUGUGUGCUUACUCAAAGGCGAUUUGUUAAACUACUUCAACACUCUCCGAAUCAUCCUCCAUCUCCCUCUCGUGUGUGGCGUGGCGGCCCUCUCUGACCCAGGUUGACUUCCUGCGUCGUCCCCCCACCACCACCACCACCUACACUCCCCCCCUUAGGAUCCGCGAAAUAGUUUCAAAUGAAAUUCAUAUCAAUAUGUGUGUUGGCGUGUGUUCUUCUCUCUGCAGUAGCGCUCUAAGCCUCUCUCCGACGGCGUCUUUUCACAGUUCACUAGCUCAGAUUCAUGCAUUAGAGCGGCUUUUAAAAGGAAGCCUGUUCAUUCGCCUCACAAAGUGAUACGGGUUUAACUCCCAGUAACAGAUUUUAGAGACAGUGUGCAUGUUCGUGUCUUUUGGGGAUUACGUUUUUUUUUAUUUUCUGCAUCGUUCAUCCUGAAAUGAAUCUGGUGCUAAAAAAAAAAAAAAAAAAAAAAAAAGCUAUAUGAGUUAUGAUAAUUUGGAGCACAGCUGCACUAGGGGAUGGCCGGGCGACCUUGAGUAGGGGCUAUUCUUAAAGCUAAAAAAAAAAAAGAAAGAAAGAUUGGAGCGGAGAAAUGAAGACGUGUGAGAAAGAAAUAGAAGGAGAGAGAGCAAGACCUUGACCAGGGAGAAUAGUCAUUCAAAUGAAAUUGGAAGCAUAUGAAAAGUGUAUUUUUUUUUUUCUUCUUGUACCCAAAUGCACAUCUACUGGCCACAUCUUAUAACAGACCAUCGGAGUGAGACAGAGCGAGCACGAGAGGGAAGGAGACAGCGAAACCACAUGAAAAGGAGAUUGAGACUACAUCUUUCAUUUUUAGUACUGCAAAUUCUCAAUCGUCAAAAUCAUCAUCACUUGAAAGUUUGACCUGCUAUCUUGGCCCAUUGUCAGGUUUUAUCUGUGCCACUUUGUUUUGAUAGAAAAAGAAAAAAAAAAGAAAAAAAUUCCACUGUACCUUGAAUGCAAAUUCCUCUCUUUGGGAUCUUUAGAAAAAGGAAAUGAUGUUGAGGUCACGAGAGCUCUCCAUAAGCUAUUCAGUCACCAUGCAGUUCAAUAUGUUUUUAGUGAAUUAACAUGAAAAGCGAGAUCGGCUGAAGAGCUACUCUCAGCUUGCUUACACAUGUUGAUGCAUGAGUGCUAAAAAAGAAGAAGAAGAAGAA